CGGAGGAAUGAGAAGGGUUGUAAUUUGUGAGAUUUACGAUCCGCGGACGAGAACCGGAGCGCGUCUGAAAAACCGGGAGGGAACGGAGGGAACGCUCCCCGGCGGCGAGAAACGUCUCUCCAUGGGCGAGCGGCAGGAGCCGGACGGGCGGCGCCGCGGCGGACAGAUGCGUGAAACGAGUGCGAUUUAGCGUUGGACUUUAGCGCACCAGGAGCUGCAGCAGCAGGGAUGAGGAUCCGGCUGCAGGGUCCCGGCCAUGCUGCCAGCCUUCUCGCUGAGCUCAACCGCUGCCGCCAGUCACGGCGGUACUGCGAUGUGUUCCUUCAAGUUGGAAACCGCACCUUCGCAGCGCACCGCGCGGUGCUGGCCUGCGCCGGGGCAUACUUCCGCAACCUGUUCGCCCGGGCUCCGGCCUCGUCCACCACCGCCUUCUCCCUGGAGUUUAUCUCCCCGGCCAACUUCGAGAAGGUGCUGACGUUCGUCUACACGGGGGAGAUCCUGACCGAUCUCAUAGAUGUCGGGGUACUGUACGAGCUGGCCGAGAGGCUGGGUGUCAGCGAACUGGUGAGGGCCUGUCACGCCAUCUUCCCCGACCUGCAGGCUUCCGUGUCUGCGAACUGCAAAGCCAGCAGUCCUGGAGACCUCGCCGUGGACUCUAGCAUGGUCGCUGCCGCUUCCGCGGUGGCUGCCGUUGGUGCGGCUUCUGUAUCCGCCUUGUCUGUCUGUUCAUCUGCCGCCUCCUGCUCGUCCCUGUCCUCGUCAGCUGGUCUGUCUGCUGCCCCGACUCCCGCUGCUGCCCCCUCCCCGCUCUUCCAGGCCAGGACUGCCAGGGCCGGCCGAGAAGCCCACGGCGGGGCUCUGUCCCUGGACCUGAAGGCAGAGGACGUCCAGUCUCAUAUCGGCUACGGGCGGAUGACAGCCGAUCAUCAACUGCCAGGAGGACAUCUCUUAUCCAGCAGCAGCCACUCUAGCCAGAGUGACGGCGUGCUGCCCCCCGGCCCUUUGCUCCAGCUGAAGACUGAGCAGGGGCCGGAAGAGGAGGAGGCGGGCGGCAGCUGCGAGGAAGGCAUCGGAGACGGACGAAUGGUUUCUGAGAGCACCGCUGUCCCUCUGCCUCAGAGCAGCGACCCCGCACCGUCCGACCCCUGCUCCUUCCCCGACUCUUCGGCUCAGCUCGGGGUCGAGGCCUGCACCCCGACGUCAUCCUCGGGAGAGCCUCUGGGCAGCCUGCAGGUCGAGGCGGUGGAGGGCGGCGUGGUGGACCUGCAGAGGGACGGCGGGCUGAUGUUUAGAGAGGUGGAGGAGGGGGAGAACGAGGAGGAGAGGGAGGCUCUGCGAGAUAACGGAGCUAUGGAGGGAACAGAGGAGGAGCAGUGGAGGCAGCUGGCGGGGGAGAUCAUCGAGCUGAGCGACGACGAGAACUUCAUGGAGGAGGGAGAUGAAGAGGAUGAUGAAGACGACCUCGUGUGUGUGGAGAACGGAGAGGGAGGGAACUCGAGCAGCCAGGUGACAGGAGACAUGCUGUCGUGCAAAGCCUGCGCAGCGCCUCUGCCGGCAGACCCGGCCGCCGUCAGACGACACGCUGACACCCACCUGACGGAGCUGGGGCUCUGCAGGGUGUGCGGGGCCUCGUUCCCGGACCGCGCCGCCGGUUUCACCCACUCCCUCUCCCACGUGGGGGUGCACCUCUUUACCUGUGACAUGUGUCACCUGCAGUUCUGCAGCAAAAACAAGCUGCUGCGUCACCACCGCCAGAAUUCCUCCGGUUACACCAUACCGCAGGGGGCGCUGACCCACAGCAGCCACGGCCCCAGCGCCGAGCUUCAGUGCGCGGUGUGCGCCAAGACCCUCAGCAAGGACUUCCAGACCGUCAAAGACCACCUGCUGAACCACGUGUGUCCCCAGAGCCUGGACUGUGGACUGUGUCACCUCCCCCAGCCCUCCCUGUGCUCCCUGCUGUGGCACGCCCUCGCCCACCUCUCUUUGCCCGUCUUCACCUGCCCUCACUGCGCCCGUUGCUUCGUGGAGCGCCCCCUCCUGGACAGACAUAUGACCGCGCACGCCGAGGAGGCGGCAGCCAAGGAGAGGGAGCGGUCGGCGCUGAGGGCUUACAGAGUGAGGGCAGAUGGAGGCGAGGUAGGAGGUAUGGCGGGAGUGGAGGAGUUGCACUGCUUCCUGUGCCCGCAGACGUUCCGCUCCUCAUCUGCCUUUCAGUACCACCUAAACCUGCACACCACCGAGUCCCUGGGGAGCGGAGGUGGUGCUGGAGGCCAGGGCUGGUUAGGCAAACGCAAAGCUGAGCAGUCUCUGGAGUGCCCCCCGUCUUCCUGCUCCUCCUCGUCUCCACAGGACGUCAGCGGCCUCGUUAAAGUCAGCAACCUGGGUCUGGGCCUUGGAAUGGGCUUCAGCAUACCAGAGAAGUUUUUCCAGGGGCCAGUACACAGCUUGUCCUCUGGGGUCCAGACCAACGGGAGCUCGGGGCAGGACGGGGGAGCCGGAGCAGCGGCGGUCCGCGGGAAAUGGUACCGGUGUCGCUACUGCGGUAAACGUUUCGCCCACUCAGGGGAGUUCACCUAUCACCUCCGCAUCCACACCGGGGAAAAACCCUACCAGUGCAAAGUCUGUCUGCGUUUCUUCAGAGGCCGCUCCACCAUGAUCUGCCACCUGAAGACGCACGCCGGCGCGCUCAUGUACCGCUGCACCGUCUGCGGCCUUUACUUCUCCACGCUGAAGCUGGUGUCGUCACAUAUGGAGCUCCACAAGGACCACCUGCCGCCGGACUUCAACAUCGAGCAGACCUUCAUGUACAACGAUCACUCGAAAGAAUCGCUGCCCACCGUGGACCCCUGAACAGCUCUGUGCCGGCCUGGUGCGUCUGUCCUCGUGCCCCCCCCCCCCCCUAUGACACUAACUCUGUGUCUGGUUGUCGUGGACCAUAUAAUAGAUUAGGGCUGCAACUAACGAUUACUUUCACUAUUGAUUAAUCGUUUAGUCGGUGAAAUGUCAAUAACUUGUAAAAAAAAAAAAAAA